AUGAAACUAUUAUGGAGCCUGAUGGUCCUGGCUCUGUCCUUCUGGACGGCCCAGGCGCUGGAGCUCGCUCUUAAUGAAAAACCAGAAGAUAACCACUGGUGUGCCGGCAUGUACGACAGAAAGACCUGGGGUGGUCCUAUCGAUCCCUUUAUCCAUGUCAAGUUCCUCGACCAACCGAAGAAAGACGGCAAGGACGCGGUGGCAAGUUUCCUCAUUUUCGAGUGGAGGGACAAGAGCCUCGUCGAAAUUGAUGGUCCCAAUGGCUUCAAGGUUCUGGCCGUGUGCAACCAAGACUUUGUCAACCAAGGCCGAUGUAACUCGUCGAGCAUUGAUCAGUAUAUCGUUGCCCCCGAUGUGGACGAGAAGUCCAAAAGCAAGGUCGUAACACAGGCCGUGCAUCUCGACCAUGCCACUCCUUUCAAGUACUCGAUCAAGAAGACGGGAUAUUAUUGUGUGUUCACUCAUUCGGAUAACUCACACCCGUACACUGCCAUCGCCGAAUUCCGCAAUGCCUACGGUGAACUCGCUGCAACCCAGAUUCCCAAGCUUCCAUUCUACGGUGGUGUUACCAUCCUGUACCUUCUGGUCGCUGGCUACUGGGGAGUCCUCUAUUACCAGCACCGCCAUGAUAUAUUGGCUGUUCAGAACUACAUCACAGCCAUCUUGGCCUUCCUACCAAUAGAAAUGGUUAUGACCUGGGGCUUUUAUGAUUUCAAGAACCGCAAUGGCUCUAAUAUCGGAUCCAAGGUCAUGCUUAUCAUCGUUGCUAUCCUCAAUUCAGCUCGCAACUCGUUCUCCUUCUUUCUACUCCUCAUUGUCUGCAUGGGAUACGGUGUCGUAAAACCCAGCCUUGGCCGAACAAUGAUCUGGGUUCGGUGGUUGGCAGCUGCUCAUUUUAUCUUCGGCCUGAUGUAUUCGAUCACCAGUCUCAUUGUUUCCCCCGAGAGUGCUACUCCCUUCGUUCUACUCAUUGUUCUUCCACUCGCCAGUACCUUAACAGCUUUCUAUGUGUGGACCUUGAACUCAUUGAACGCCACGCUUAAGGAGCUCAGGGAGCGUAAGCAGAAUGUCAAGGAAGGCAUGUACAAGAAGCUCUGGUGGGCCAUUCUUGCCAGCAUCAUCGUCAUCUUCGGUUUCUUGUUCUUCAACAGUUUUGCGUUCGCCUCGAUCCGGGAUCCAAACUUCGUCCCCAAGCAUUGGAAAUCCAGAUGGUUUGUUCUUGAUGGGUGGUUGAACAUUGUCUACUUCGCCGACGUUGUUUGGAUUGCAUACAUCUGGCGCCCUACGGCCAACAACCGCCGUUUCGCCAUGAGUGACGAAGUCGCCCAGGACGAUGAUGGUAAUUUCGAGUUUGCCGACAUUGGUGUCCCGGAUGACUUUGACGACGACGACGAGGAAGCCAAUGUUGGUAAAAACCGAGGCCAGAAUCAAGGACAACAGUCCACCGGUGCCGGACUUGCUGGUGCCGGGAUCGCCGGGGCUGCUGUUGCUGGAGCCGCAGCUGCCGCAUCAUCAUCCAGCCAUCGCCCUCUCCCGCGCGAGUCUCUUGACGGAGAGACUAUCUUCGCCGUCGGAGAAGAUGGUGACAAGAUGUCAGAUCUUGAUGAUGAUGACGACGACGACGAUGAUGACGAUGAUAGCGAUGAGGAGGCGAAACUUGUACGCAAGAACAACUAA